GAGAGGAUGGCUUACAUGGGAGGAAAGCAGACGCCCUGGCUCCCCAUGCUAGUGGUGUCCCUGAUGUGCUCGGCGGGAGCGGAAUACUCCAGCUGUGGUGAGAACGAGUACUACAACCAGACCACUGGGCUGUGCCACGAGUGUCCCCCGUGUGGGCCGGGCGAGGAGCCCUACCUGUCCUGUGGCUAUGGCACAAAAGAUGAGGACUACGGCUGCGUGCCCUGCCCAGCAGAGAAGUUCUCCAAAGGAGGCUACCAGAUAUGCAGGCGCCACAAAGACUGUGAAGGCUUCUUCCGGGCCACCGUGCUGACUCCAGGGGACAUGGAGAAUGACGCUGAGUGCGGACCUUGUCUUCCUGGCUAUUACAUGCUGGAGAACAGACCCAGGAACAUCUAUGGCAUGGUCUGCUACUCCUGCCUCCUGGCGCCUCCAAACACCAAGGAAUGUGUGGGGGCCACAUCUGGAGUCUCUGCCAACUUCGCUGGAACAUCUGGCAGCAGCACCCUUUCUCCUUCCCAGCACGCCCACAAAGAGCUCUCAGGCCAAGGACACCUGGCCACAGCCCUGAUCAUUGCCAUGUCCACCAUCUUCAUCAUGGCCAUCGCCAUUGUCCUCAUCAUCAUGUUCUAUAUAGUGAAGACGAAGCCUUCUGCCCCAGCCUGCUGCACCAGCCACCCAGUAAAGAGCGUGGAAGCCCAAGUGAGCAAAGACGAGGAGAAGAAAGAGGCCCAAGACAAUGUGGUGAUUUACUCUGAAAAGGACGAAUUUGAGAAGCUGACAGCAGCUCCAGCAAAGACUGCCAAGAGCGAAAAUGACGCUUCCUCGGAGAAUGAACAGCUGCUGAGCCGGAGCAUGGACAGUGACGAAGAGCCGGCCCCGGACAAGCAGGGCUCCCCAGAGCUGUGCCUGCUAUCCCUGGUCCAUCUGGCGCGGGAGAAGUCGGCCGCCACCAAGUCAGCAGGGAUUCAAAGUCGAAGGAAAAAGAUACUGGAUGUGUAUGCCAAUGUGUGCGGAGUUGUUGAAGGUCUCAGUCCUACGGAGCUGCCAUUUGAUUGUCUAGAGAAGACUAGCCGGAUGCUGAGCUCCACAUACAAUUCUGAAAAGGCCAUAGUGAAAACAUGGCGCCAUCUUGCUGAGAGCUUCGGGUUGAAGAGGGAUGAGAUCGGGGGCAUGACAGACGGCAUGCAACUCUUUGACCGCAUUAGCACAGCUGGGUACAGCAUUCCAGAACUGCUCACCAGACUGGUGCAGAUAGAGCGGCUGGACGCUGUGGAGUCCUUGUGUGCGGACAUAUUGGAGUGGGCUGGGGCUGUGCCACCAGCCUCCCAACCAGCCACUGCAUCUUGA